UUUCCCAGCUUCUGCUCCGAGGAGGAGGAGGAGGAGGAACAUGGAGCGCCUCCGCGGCUCUCCGGAGCGCAUCAGGCGGUUCCAGCAGCGGGAGCUUCCGGCUGCUGAUGUGCAGCUCUGCGAGCGGACCGAGCUGUAGCGGAACCGAACCGAGCCGGCUUUCAGCGCGUCGCAGUGGAGGAGGGGGGGGAGGAGAAGGAGGAGGAGGCAUCUAUGCAAUUUUAUUUUGACUUUGCAUUUUAUUAUGAGCGCAGAGGAGGGAGAUGCUGGACCGGCGGCGGGAGAUCCGGCCGCCAAGCAACGCCUCACCUGGGAGGAGAGCGACCCGCUCGGCUCCCAAGGACAUCCGCAGCCCGACGGCGAGGAGGAGCCGCAGCCGGGAGAGGAUGAGGAUGAGGAAGAGGAGGCAGAGGGCCGCGCGCGUGCGGCUGACGCUGAGAAAAUCAUCGGGGAGGAAAACGGGGGCAACACUUCCAGCGAGGAGGGGGCGGUGGGGGGCAGAUGUGGCAAAACGCAGGCGAUGCCUUCAACCUGCAGCAGCGAGACGUGCAUCCCGACCCCGAGCUGCAGGAUCUGCUUCCAGGGAGCGGAACAGGGCGACCUGUUGAACCCGUGCCGCUGUGACGGCUCGGUCCGCUACACCCAUCAGCAGUGUCUGCUGAAGUGGAUCAGCGAGCGCGGCUGCUGGACCUGUGAGCUCUGCUGCUACCGCUUCCAGGUCAUCGCCAUCAACCUGAAGAGACCGUGGCAGUGGCAGCCCAUCACCAUCACGCUGGUGGAGAAGGUCCAGAUCAUCGCCGUGUUCCUGGGCUCGCUCUUCCUGGUGGCCAGCAUCUCCUGGCUGCUCUGGUCGGCUCUCAGUCCGCAGGCCGUCUGGCAGCGCAGAGACGUCCUCUUCCAGAUCUGCUACGGCAUGUACGGCUUCAUGGACCUGGUCUGCGUAGGCCUGAUUGUCCACGAGGGGGCAGCAGUGUACAACGUGUUCAUGCGCUGGCGGGCGGUGAACCUCCACUGGGACGUCCAGAGUUACGACAAGGCCAAGGACAUGGAGGAGACGAGCACCGGCCCCUCCUCGCUGGGCCCCAGGACGCUCUGGUUGCCCCUGGCAACGUUCGGGCCCAGCGGGCCGCUGCACCCCACCCAGCUCGGGCCGCGGCCGUGGACCUGCCUCUGUCUGGCCCCGUUCUGCCCCGGGCUGGUGCCCGGAAACAGCCUGAGCCAGGACGCCGACUCGGGGGAGGUGGUCAUCCGCGUGACGUCGGUCUGACCUCGGUUGAUCCGCGUGACGUCAGCCUGACCUCGGCUGGUGAAACUUUAGUCUGAACGUUCCUGCAUUUAUUGGUUGCUGCUUUUCCGGUGUUUGCAAUGAGUUGGGCUUGUAGUUUGUCCCCAAACCAGCCUCAGCCAGAUAAAGAUGGAUGUGUUCGGUUGGCACUGUGACGUAUUCCUCUCAUCCAUCAUGAACAGUUUACAUCGUAGCAUAUAAGACCAAACUGUUGUGUUGCAUCCGGGUUCUCUGGUACUUUAACGCCGCAUCAGGAAGAUCAUUUCAGUCCAACUGAAGCACAAAUCAGUCACUGUUUUAGAUUCCUUUGAGGUCAUCAGGACAAGCAGCUCCUAAAGGAUUUAAAUGAAAAAAACCACAAAAAGGUUGAAAAGUUUAGUGAAGUUUAGUCAGGAAUUCGUUGGCUGUAUUCAGACUUUAAGCACUGUGAGGCAGAACGACGUCAGAAACUCAUUUUUCUUCUUCUCCGAGGAAACAACUCUUUUGGUUCUUGCGUUUCACCUGUCAGGUUGUAAUAAAAAUGUUUCUUCUGGCUCAGA